AUGUCAACGGCUCACGGAGUAGAAAGUCCGACACAGUCGUCGUCCAUAGCCCAGUACCCAUCUCCAACGGCGUCAGAAGGAGGCGAUAUCGACGAUGUCUGGGCAUCCAGCGGAGACGAAAACAACCCGGAUCCCGAAAACGGACCCCCAACAAACGAGGUACCCUCAGACCUAGUCCGUCUACGUCGAGACCAUUUCAACACAGGAUACAUCGACGGCAUCACCCAGACGAAAGACGAGGCUCUUCAAACAGGAUUCGACGAAGGAUAUCCCAUCGGAGCUGAAAUAGGCCAACAGGCAGGCCAAAUCAUCGGAUUUCUCCAAGGCCAAGGACUCCGUGAUCUCGAACGAACAGCCACUCUCGAACUAUCAGCCGAACGACUCUUCUCCAAAGAAUACUGGACCUCAUCCACCCAAAAAACCUGGCAAGGCGACACUCACCCGCUCAUUGCCAAAUGGACGACCCUCGUCAACAACCUGACCUGA